GCUCCGGAAUCGCUGGCGGCCGGGACUGCGUGACCGGCGGCUGGAGAUGGCUUUCUUGGCCGCAUCCGUGUUGGGCCCCGCGGGUAGGUCGGCGGCGCUGCUGGGUGGCAGAUGGCUCCAGCCCCGGCCUUGGCUGGGGCUCCCGGACACCUGGGGCCUCCCUGCUCUGCAGCAGGCGCGGGGCAGGGCGCGCGGGAACGAGUAUCAGCCGAGCAACAUCAAACGCAAGCGCAAGCACGGCUGGAUCCGGCGCCUGAGCACGCCGGCUGGCGUCCAGGUCAUCCUUCGCCGCAUGCUCAAGGGCCGCAAGUCGCUGAGCCAUUGAGGAGUGCGACGCUGCCAGCGGGACCCCCGUUAAAGCAUUUCCCUCACCUCGGACUUUGCCUGGCGCUGUUUUUGCAGGAAGCUGGAAGAACGGGAAUAGACUCCGACGAGAGUGCCCUCCAAAUUGUGGGGUUGGCCCAGGGGGAGAAGUUUGGAUGGGAGUGGAAGUCAGACCUUGUCAAGUCCCUUUUUACGCUUUUUUGAAUUACGAAGAAUUUCGAACAUAUGCAACAGACCACAGAAUAGUACAACGUAUCCCCGUGUACUCAGUACGCAGGUCUAUUUGAAGCUGAUCUCAGGCAUCAGGUUAUUUCUUCUGUAAAUAUUUCAGAAUGUAUCUCCCCAAGAUAAGGGCUCUCUAAAACAAUCACAAAACUUAUCACACCCAAAAGAAUUAUUAAUAAUUUUGAAAUAUUAAAUGUCUCAUACAUGUUCAAAUUUCCAUUUAUCUUAUAUGUGCUGUAACUUUCCCAGGUCUGGGAAGGCUGGUGGGAAACUAGGGUGUUUCGAAUUCUCCACUUGCCCCUUGGGGAUGGGCUGUGUGACUUUGGGCAAGGCCUUAGCCCUCUGAGGCUCA